ACUUUGGACUCAUCACCAUGGCAGCUGAGGAGAGAGAAACAGUGUCAGAGAGAGAGAAACAGAAGCGAGUCAAAGAGAGAUCUGAAGAACAACAAUGGUGAGAGCACCUUGCGUUGACAAAAAUGGUAUCAAGAAAGGAGCUUGGAGCGAAGAAGAAGAUAACCAAUUACGAGCUUACGUUCAACGUUAUGGCCAUUGGAAUUGGCGUGAACUUCCCAAAUAUGCAGGGUUAGCUAGAUGUGGCAAGAGUUGUAGAUUGCGUUGGAUGAAUUAUCUUCGACCAACUGUGAAACGUGGAAAUUUUAGUAAAGAAGAAGAAGAUCUCAUCGACAAGUAUCAUAGAGAAAUGGGAAACAAGUGGUCAGCCAUAGCUGCAAAAUUACCAGGAAGAAGUGAUAACGAGAUCAAAAACCAUUGGCACACACACCUGAAAAAACGCACUUCUAAACACAAUCAAGAUUUCUCCAAAAAAGAAGAAGAAAGUUCUUCAAUUGAGCAGAUUAUGCAAUUUACAGGUCAACCUCCAAGUUUUAUUUCCAAUGAGUCAAUAGCAUCUCACAGAUUAUCAAACGAGUCAUUGGUAUCAGAAAGAGUUUCUGAUGAUUCAUCAUCACAUUCUUCACGUAUAGAGAAUCGAUUACUGAUAGAUUUAAAUCAAGAAUAUGUUUUAGAGGAGGAAUGAAGAUAAGGGUAUCAAGUGGAAAGCUGAUAUGACAAAAGUAACUGUUUCAAAAGAGG